CACAAACAUUCUACAUGAAAACUUCAUAGUUUUAACUUCUUAAACCUGGUUUUUGGCGUUGUUUUGUUAAUUUUAUACCCCAUACGUUUUCAGAAAUGCCACCGGCAGGUAAAAAAGGCUCUGGUAAGAAAAGUAGCCCUGUUCAACCUUUUAAUAAGAACUGGGAGGCUGAUCUCGUCAAAGCGCAGUUUGAGGACACUUGGCUUGCCUGUGUGUCUCUCGUUGUUGGAGAUGGCCCAGAAGAAGAGGAAGAACUCAUCAAAUCUCUGGUUUUGAGUUUUGAACAUCCACAGCGCAAACUUUUCUCCCUCAUAUCGUGGGACAGCACAGUUGAAAAGAUCAAUAAGCUGGGGAAUCCCAAAGCAAAAAAAACAGACCCUCUUCCCUUGUUUUAUGAGUCUACUGAGCAUGCCAAGACGUUGCUGGAUGCCGGAGAGGAGAUUCCCGUCGACCUGGUGGCAAAAUUAGUGAAAUUCCAGCUGCUGGAGGUCAAAACCUGUGAUCAGAAGAGACGGGAAGUUGAGCGGCUGAAAAGUGAGGAACAGAAAGAAAAGACUCAGCCUCAAUCUGAUGGCAAGGGCAAACCAAAGGACAAAAAAGAGAAAAAGGGAAAGGGUCAGGCCCCAGGAAAGGGCCAGACUCCUGGUGGAGACAGCUCCAAGGACAAGAAAACCAAGCUCAAACGCAGAGGCGAGCCUGAGACGCCUGUAUAUAUAGAUGAUGAGCCAGAGGAUGGUCCCCAACACUAUAUUCUGAUAGUCGGCUUCCACCAGCCAGACCUGAUAGGAGUACUUAAUACCAUCGGUGUUCAUGUUGCCAAUGUCAUCAAGUUAUGCUCCAAGCACAAAGAAAUCUCUCCAGAACCAGUACAGCUGAUCGUUCAGGAGGAAGCGGAGCAGAGCUCUCCAGUUGUGCCUGCAGAGGUUCCAGAAAGUACCAGGAAGCUCAAGCUGUUCUGGACUCGCCUGAGGUCGGUUUUAGACAGCGGCCCGCCAGACUCUAAGCUCCACGACGUGAUUCAGCUGAGCUACAUCGUCCCAGAUCUCACACUCCCGUUCGAAGUACCAGACCCUAACUCUCUGCUGGAGUUGGGAAACCGGAUGUUUGACGAUGUUGCCAGGCUCAUCUAUGACUGUCUGCAGUGGCGCCGGCAGCAUCUGCACUACAGAGACAAUGUUCGGCUCAUCCCUGUACCCACAGCUGUAACGGAGGAUGUAGAGGUACCUGUUGAGCCCGUUGCUCAACAGAUGCCUCGCUCUAAAAAGAAGCCAACCAAAGCAUCUAGCUUACUACCUUCAGAAAUCAAGCCGUCUAUAACUGUAUCUGUGAACGUGGACAUGUGUUACUAUAGCAAAAUGUUGGACAUGGUUCCCCCUGAAGCCUGUUCUGUACCCCUGAUAUUGCACUGUAUGCUAGAGCAGGUGGUGGUUUCCUCAGAGGUGCCUGUGCUCCCUAUGUUUCCCAUUGUUGAGGAAGAGGACAAAGCUGGCACCGCUCGCUGGUUAGACUGUGAUCUGGUUAGCUAUAUGCUCCAAAGCUUCCUGCCUCUGCUGAACACAGAAGAAGAGAAAAAUCAUUUGUUAAAUGAGGUCCUCGCUACUGUGGAAAAGGAAGAGGACAAGGCGAGACUGAUGAGGAAUUAUGGGGCAGAGCAUGCUCAGAGGCCUGGCGACCCUGUGCUUCUCAGAUACCACGACGACAGGGGAAUACGAUUACAGAACGUCACCGUGGUUAAGGGUUUUAAUCCAGCUCAGGUAGAAACAUCCAUUUUGAAGUCCAGUCCAGUCUUGGAGCUCAUUCAGUCCGUCGCUGAACAGAGAAACGGCGACACCUGCUGGAGGGGAAUGAAACAACAGCUGCAGCACUACUGCACGGAUGAGGGCAUGGCCUGGCCCGAGGUGGAGCGGCUGUUUGAUCAGAGCGUGUUUGAGGCUAUGCCACUGACCACGGUGGACCAGCUGGGUAUUUUACCCAACGAUGAUGAAACACAGCAGACACAGACUGUUAUCCCCUGGGGAAAUCCUUUGUUAUAUGCUAAACAGAAGCUUCAAACCCCACGGACUGUAGAGCCGACAUUUCUCACUGAAGACCCUGGGAACUCAGAGCACCUGAAUGGGGAAAUCUGCAGCCAGCUGGAUUUAUGUGAAAUCCAGAGUUGGAGACAAAGAUGUCUGUUUGACUGGUACUAUACAGAACAUCACAGUGCCACUGUUUUUCCACAGGUUCUGCAAAAGGCCUCAGAGGAAUAUUGUUGCAUGGACAUCUUCAGAGGAAGCUACGCAAACAUCUUGUAUGUUUUUUGCCACAAUCCUAUGAAUUCUCACGGCCUGUCCAAACAUUUCUGGGACGAGGCCCUCCACACUGAUGUCAAGUUCAGAAAAUAUCUGGAGCACGUUGCUGAUAAAAUCUACAACUGGACAAAGGAGGAAGAGGUGAAGAGGGAGGAAAUGCUGAUGAAAAGCCAGAUGCCUCCUGAGACUCCAAAAGACCUCGAAUGCCCCGCAGUGGCGGAAGAAGCUCAGGAACCCGUCAUCAGAAAGGAGUCCCUCAAAGCCUGGAAACUGGAGCAGGAGCGGCUGAAGAGAGAGGAGCUGGACAAAAAAUUAAAGAAGGACACUAAGGGGAAGGACGCUAAGGGGAAAGGCAAAAAUAAAUCAGACGAUAACAAAUCGUCUGACAAGAAAGGCGGCGCUUCGGCUGGUGACAAGAAGGGCAAAGCGGAUAAAAGAGCCAACUCAGCCAAGACCCCCGUCGAAUCUGCCGUUUCCAUAGCAUCUGCUGAUUCUGAAACGGCCUCCCUGAAGAAGGCAGAGGAACCUGACAAUAGAUUCAUUGGCUACACCAUGGACGGACAGCUGAUCCAGGUGUCGGGAUGUGCCCAGCAAAUCUACACCUCAGAUGGAGGACGCGUCACUGUGGAGAACGUGAACUUUGUCGAAGGUUCUUCCCUGAUGAAAGUAGCGUUGAGGAAGGACGGACACCAUUUCUACACGCACGUCAACCACGUUGUUACCAAACACCUGAAACCUCCCAGCGAGCCACAGGACAAAAAGAACACAGAGCAAAAGGACGGAGUGAAAGGUGUUUUAGAGCCAGAAGCAGUGAAGCUGUGUUCCUUCUCAGCAGUCCUUCACAAUCAAAUCCACCUCUCAUACAGUUUCUACGGCGCAACAGGACAAUACAAAGUUUUAGAGAGUCUUGAGGAGGAGGCGACCAAAGAGGAAAUCCCAAAAGCCUCCCCAGAAGAACCCGUCGCUUUGCCUUCUCCCAACUCUGGCACCAUGACGCCGAGGCCGUCCAGUCAGGAGUGUGCAGAGCAGCCCUCUGAGCUGUCGCCUCAGCCGCCGCCUCAGCCGCCGCCUCCGUUCAACAGCCUCAGCCUGUCUGUUCCCAACGGCCUGCUGCUGCAGUUUCAGCUUGACAACUCACAAGGAGAGUCCCCUGAAUAUGGCGUUUUGAUCAGGCAGAGCUUUCCCUUCCACUGUAAACCCGGGAAGGAUCUGCCGGACAAAUCUCUUUCUCAGGAACUGCGUCGCAUCAUUACCAACCAGGGAGUCGUGAUUCGUUACCUGAGAGACGGCGCCGCAGAGUUGCUGUUUGCAGAUGGAUCGGUCAGUUUCAGCCCAGGUCCAGGUUCAGCUCCAGCUCCAGCUCCAGCUCCAGGUCCGGUAUCUGAUGAUGAGCGGACAGAGGAGACCUCAGAGAAGGAAAAUGAGCGUCAGAAACGGUCGUGGCAGACGACCACUUCAACUGGAGAUCGGAUUUGGACCACUGGGCCAACAUACAGCGUCGUACCCACAACCUCUCUGUGCACCUUCUUGGCCACAGACCCCGUCACCCAGGAGGUGAUGCUGACCCGGGAAGAUCUGGUGGUUACAGUCAAGAGCCCAGAUGGAUCUGUUAUUGCUGAUCAUGCAGACGGAACAAGGAUCACCACCCUCUUUCUAGUCACACCACCUAACGAGGAGGCGUCCAAUUGUGUGACCAAACCAGAGGAGCAUGAAGAUGUUUGUGACAAAGGAGAAGGGAUGAGCGAAACCUCGGAAACCCACGAAUUGAACGAAACGGUUUCAAAUGGUAAGAGUGAGGAAGAAAAAGACUCGACCAGAGAGCGGGUGGUGAUUGUGGAGAAGGAGGGCUGCGCAUCGGUAGUGAUGUACCCGAAACGCCACGCAGCUCACGUGUUUCUAGCCGAUGGAACCAUCAUCACUGGGAACAACCAAGCGGAGUACGAGGUGUUCCCGUCUAGAGACGGGUUUCUGCACAUCCAAACUGAUGGGAAAUGUGUUUACACCUCUGACCUGGAGCCAAAUGCUUCCUCCCCCUCCAACCGACCAGGAGUUUACACCAUGAGUCACACAGACGAAGUGGUGUGUGAUGUUUCAGACAAGAACGGAAACCACUUCCAGGUGGUAGAAUGUGGACAGACUUUGCUGCUAACUACUAGUCCCGCUCCAGAAACUCCUACACAAGAGGAAGAAGAGGAGACAGACAAAUCAAGGGCCACGCUUGAUGUGAAACACAAAGAUCGUUGUCCCAGGAUUUUUCUGGUGUAUGAAGACGGUUCAGGCACUGAACUGCUGAACUCUCACACUGUGGAGGAGCUGCUCCAAGAGGCGUACUCUGACCCCACCAUCGCACUGCUCAAGGAGCCUCUGCCAGACAGACUGGACGAGUUUGGCAUCACCAUCCUGAAGCCGGGCCACCAGAGCGUCUGGUCCAAAUGGGUGCUAAAGAAACAAAACCCUGACAUCACCCCUCCAAACCUCAGGAACCGCUCCGAUGAGUUCCACACUGCAGAGGUCAGCCCUCCGCUUGGUUCUGGUACCAGCGUUGCUCUGUCUCAGAAGGAGCGAUGUGCCAGUUCUUUAGCGCGGCAGCGUGUCUGGAGCUGCCCGAGAGUCCUGGAGAUCAGGGAACUCUCCCAGCACCGACCCUUCACCUCGGUGUUCCGAGACGCUGUAGAUUCACGGCUGAAGGGCUACAUCGAGUGGCUGAUAAAGAGAGAGGUGCUGGCAGAGCAGAUGAAAGUGAAAGAGCUUCGCAGUGACGAGGAGACUGCUCAAGCCACAGAUCUCCUCAGUCUCAUUCUGUCUUUUGCAGAGUUGGACGAUGAGAGUCACGGUUCUGAUUCCAGGAGCUCAGAUGUGAAAACUAAAUCAGUUGCAGCGGACUAUGCCAGUAUGUACAGUCAGGGAGUCAAAGCAUCAGCUGAGCAGUCAAUUCUUUCAGAAGAAACUGACAACUUGGGUGCUGAUGACACCUUGGAUAAAUCACAGCUUUCUACUGCUAGAAAAGAGUCGAGAUGGACUGAAAGACAUGAGCUGUACAGGUAAACCGAGAUGUAGACACUAUUUUAUUUAUAAAUGUGGCAAAUCUUUAUUUUUUUACUUACUUUACAAAAACACAUAGCCUUACAAGCACCUCAACAACUGGGUCUAGAAAUAAAACUAUAUACACACAUGAACAGCAGGAGGCAUCGGAUUUAACAAAAUCCAGUCUAUCCAAUGUCCAUAUACAGUCUUUUUAUAGCUAAUCCAUUUGCCCCAUUUUUCUUGAGUGUUUUUUCCUUCAGUCUUAAGGUGAGUGUAAUUUUUUCCAUUAGAAAUAUUUCUUGAACAAUAUCAGUCCUACUGAUUGUGCGUGGGUGGUUCAGGUUUGAGCCUUUUCCAAAUUACUGCUUUUCUUAUUGCUGUCAGAAGUAUUUUUCACCAAGUACUGGAAACGCCAAUUAAAAAUAAAUAAAUAAAAAUAAGUUAUUGCAAUAAAAAUUUCACUUUUUCCGCAUCUCACGAGUCAUGUGUUCCACACCAAAUGUUACUACUGGCGGAAAAGACGAAGACGACAGGAAGUAAUUGAAGGUUUUGUGGCUAUGUAUUCAGAUGCUGACAGUGAAGCGAUAUUAAAUCUAACAUAAUCUUAUACAUACAGUUCAUACUUCCAAUCUGAAUCUUUUUACUCUAUAGUCAUUUUAAGUAGGGCCUUGAGUUGAAUCUCCUGGGCAACUUGAGUCUCUCCGCGGCGUUGGACGCGUUGCCAUGACAACGUUCGAGCCAGACCAAUCGGAGCCGGUUUGGCACCGGCCUCUUCUUCCACGCCGUGUCGGGACAGAGAAACAACUGCUGCGUUCAUCCACCUGCGCUGUUGUAAAACUCUCCUAACAGCAUCUGAGUAAGAGACGUCUGGAAAUCCACACCGUCCUAUUUUAGGACCGCCUUCGCCCGUUUCUACGCUUUGCGUCGGAGUAUCACGUCGGGCAAUUUUCGCCUACUAGAAUUUUCUCUUGCCUGUUUGAGAAUCAUUUCCUUUAUCUUGGGGAAAGUUGAUCAGUAUCGACCUAGAUGGUGCGUUGGGGUUCGGUUUUAUUAAUGCGAGUGAACAAUGUUUCCGCUUUUUGCGGCGUCUGCCGAGUCGCAGCCAUGUUCUUUGCCUUUAGCAUUAGCAUCAUCUUCUAGCACUUUCUUUGCUUCAACUUGGCGCCUGUAUAUCCGGUUUUCCUGUCGUCUUUCUGUUCUUUGCUUUAGUUCCGCAACCCCUUUGAAUAGUAAUUGAACUAAUAUUCCGAUUUAGAUGUAUGCACAGUUGAUAGCCCAACAGCGCAGAACACUCACUCACUCCAACCGUCCAUUUUCAUCCGUUGCCAACUAUUCAGCACAUUUUCCACCUUAGGUUUCUGCUUUUUGUUUUAGAAAAAAGAGCAAAGGUGCUAAAUUAGGGUUACCUUAAUCUCAU